UUUGGUAGAGUUUUUUUUUAAAUAAAACUUUUAAGGGAAACUUUCAAGGAUUUUUUAAAAUUUUCUUUCUGAAGAUUUUGCAAAGUUUUUGCUGAAUUUUUGUAUUUUUUCCAGACAAGGGAACAAUAUUUUUUGGUGCCUGUAAAUGAAGACAACAUGAGAGUUGAAGAAAAUAUUACAUGACAUAUAUGUAAUCACUUUAGAUAUUUUUUUUAGGAUUUUUUCUGGAAGAUUUUUACUAUUUUUUUGGACAUAUUUACAAGAAUUUUCUUGCCAAAUUUGGAGGAUUUUUAAAAGAAAAUUUUAAGGAAAACUUUGAAGGAAUUAUUGGAAUUUUCUUCCUGAAGGUUUUGCAAAUUUUUAGAAAUUUGGGGAAUUUUAUGGAGAAUUUUUGGAUUUUUUUCAGACAAGGAAGAAUAUUUUUUGGUGCCUGUACAUGAGGACAACAGGAGGCUUAAAGUGCAGCUACACUCAGGGUGUUUAAAUCUGACUUUUGGCUUUUUUUAUGCACAUAUUGAAAAUGCAGUUCACUUCUCAUCACUAAGCAGCUCCUCUGCUGACCUAUUUGGGGACUUUUUUCAAUCAAUUCUCCAUCAGGAUCAUUCAAAAUCACGUGCAUCCUCUUUGGUAAGGUCGACUCGUGGCAAUUAAAAGCUCCUCCUGCUCCGUCUUCGGCCCCUUUCACCCCCAUCGCUGGCAUUUUUCUCUCCAUUUUAGUCCCACCUCCCAUGAAGAGACAGAAACAGAGAGAGAGAGGGAGCGAGAGAGCAAACAUCCACCAUCUCCUCCUCUUCCUCCUCUUACGCUCCCUCUCCUGUCCUCUCCUCCAGCUCACUCUGUUUCCCUCUGAUGCCGACUGGAUGCAGACCGGAGGAUUUCCAGCAGCUUCCUGACUCUCUCGCUCCCUGCAUCCCCAUCCAUCCCUCUUCCUCCUCCUCCUCCUCUAACAUCUUCUCCUCUCCUGCCUCCUUCUUUCCUCGCUGACCAGGAUGUGGCUCUCUCCGGCUCUGCUCCUCUCUGCUUUGAUCCACGUGUCGCUGCAGGGUCCUCACCAGAGGAACCUGCUGAAGAACCUCCUGAAGGACUACAACCGGAUGGAGCGGCCGGUGGGCAACGACUCCCACCCUCUGACCGUCGUCUUCUCCCUCAGUCUGAUCCAGAUCAUGGACGUGGAUGAGAAGAACCAGGUGUUGACCUCUAAUAUGUGGCUCCGGAUGAGCUGGUUCGAUCACUAUCUCCAGUGGAACCAGAGCGAACAUCCGGGAGUGAAAAACCUUCGCUUCACCACAGAUCAGGUCUGGACGCCGGACAUCCUCCUCUACAACAGUGCAGAUGAUGACUUUGACUCCACCUUUAAGACCAAUGUUCUGGUGAACUCCAGUGGCUACGCCGAGUAUCUCCCUCCAGGAAUCUUUAUGAGCACGUGCAACGUAGAUGUCCGCUGGUUUCCCUUCGAUAUUCAGAAAUGUGAGCUGAAGUUUGGCUCCUGGACGUACGACGGAUGGCUGCUGGACCUCCAGAUGAAUGAUGCAGACAUCUCCGGCUACAUGCCCAACGGAGAGUGGGACUUAGUGGGCGUUCCUGGCACCAGAAGCGAGGUUUUCUACGACUGCUGCAAGGAGCCGUACCCUGAUGUGACAUUUGUCGUUACGAUAAGGCGGAGGACGCUCUACUACGCCUUGAAUCUGCUCAUCCCGUGUGUGCUGCUGUCUUCUAUGACCCUGCUAAUUUUCGUGCUGCCAGCCGACUCCGGGGAGAAAAUCUCACUGGGAAUCACCGUCUUGCUGUCUCUCACGGUUUUCAUGUUGCUGGUGGCAGAGAUCAUGCCAGCCACAUCUGACUCCGUCCCUCUCAUAGGUCAGUACUUUGCCAGUAUAAUGAUCAUUGUCGGCAUGUCAGUCAUCGCUACAGUGGUGGUGCUGCAGUAUCAUCACCACGAUCCCAACGGAGGGAACAUGCCAAAAUGGGUGCAGCUGGUGUUGCUGCAGUGGGUGGCCUGGUUCCUUCGAAUGAAGCGUCCGGGGGAGAACGACGACCCCGAGCGGCCGCCCUGCGCCCCCCACCUGCGUCGCUGCUCCUCGGGCUCCCAGAGUGGCAGCAUCCCUAACCCUCAGGACCCCACCCUGCACCCGCUGCACCCCCAGAACCUGGCCCCUCUCCAGACGGGGCCCCUCCACGCGGGCCACCCUCACCUCCACGCUCAGUCCAGCGCCAACAACAACGGGAACCUCCUCUACAUGGGCUUCCAGAGCAUGGAGGACCCAUCGAUGCUCUCGGAGGCCGUCCAGAGGAACAACAUCUCCACGGGGCCUCCGAGAGUGGCAGGAAGUCCGCCGCCACACCUGCCGUCUCAGUUCUGCAGCUCCCCGCCGCCUCCCACCCCCAACAUGGAUACUGUGGGGUGUCCCAGCACCGUCUCCAGUGGCGGAGGCUUUGGAGGUGGACCAGGAGGGCUGGGAGGAUGCUCCACCUCCGCGCUCGGAGACCCCCAGCUCCAGGCCAUCCUGGAGGAGGUCCGGUACAUGGCGGACCGGUUCCGGGAGCAGGACGAGGCAGACAGCAUGGCCGACCAGUGGAAAUUCGCGGGCGCCGUGAUCGACCGGCUGUGUCUGGUGGCGUUCAGCGUCUUCAACAUCAUCUGCACCAUCUCAAUCCUUAUGUCUGCUCCCAACUUUGUGGAGGCUAUUUCAAAGGACUUUGUUUGAAGGCACAGGGGCAGGAAAAAAAAAGAGGAAGAGAAGCGUGAAGGAAAGGAUGAAGGAAAUUAAAUAUAGGAUAAAGGAUGGAGUGGGCCUCGAUCCAAGGAAACGCAAUUUCCAGUGAACUUGAGGCUCUGUGAUUUGUGAUUGCAAGGAACUGGGAAACAGGAAAAAAAACUAAUGGUUUUCUUUGCAAUACGUUCUGUUUUGUAACUGAAACAUAAGGAGAAAACAGAUGAAGAAGGGGAUCGGGAGUGAAGUUGAAAUGAGAUUAGGGUGAGCAGGGUGCUUUAUCAGAUUCUUGACAAGGUGAAAUGGAUUCUUGUGGUUAAUUCAAAGACUUUCCUCCAAAAUUACGGGAGGGAAAGAUGAGUCAGAAAGGGGGUAAAAGAAAGCGAGGAUUAUCCGUCCAAUGCAACCAGAAAGCUCUUAAGGCGAAGGGAGAGAUUGAGAGAAUAAGAGGGGCAAAGAGGCAGCCGGAUAGAUACCGAUGGAUAAACGAACCAGACAUUUGACUGUUUUAUUUUCUGGAGGAGAGACGACAGCCCUUCGCUCCCACAUGUUGAGAAAAUACUGCAUCAUUUAAAGUGAUGUGAGGGCGGGGAGAGGAGACGGAGACUCUCACAAGGACAGACAACAAAGAGCAGUCAUGAAGGAACGAGACUUCAUCCCCCGUGACAUUGGCAGAGUUAGGCGUCGUAAGCGGCUCGAUGCUCAGAUACACAAAAAGUGGACCGCAGAUCAAGAACGCCGCAGCGCAGAGGAACAGACGAGGAUCUCAUCUAUUAUUCAAUCCCAUCCAUCUAAUGACCGUCAAAUUGAAAGACCUCGGAUAAUCUUUAAGACUAAUAAGCUUUUUAAAGAUGAAGUCCCCCCUCUCCUCGCGAGCCACUUUAAAUUUCCGAGGCCUUAUCUCUUUGAGACGAUUGCCAAUCUGCAACAAUCAGCAGAGAUCAGAAGCUCCUGAGCUGCGUUCACAGUGUGCGGCGCUUAUCGGGAUCUGGAAACUGAAUUAGCCGGUCAUCAACAAGGCAGUGGCCAGGAGCUGCACACAGAGGAGACCCGGACCGAUAAUAACUCACGAGGCUAACUGUAUCUGGCAGGUCAUAAUACGCCAACGAAACUCAUUGGAUUCCAUAUUAAAGGUUUAAUAACUCAGAUGGGAGGUCAGCUCUUUAAAAAAGAAAAGGAGACGCAGAGAAAAAAAGGGGAUAAGAUCAUUCAGAUUCCUCAAAUUAUAACGAAGACGAAACAUCCCAUCAAAUUUCAGCGGCAUCCCUUGAGUGGUGUAUUGCUUCGCGAGCGAUCCGAAACGAAAGAUGAGUUUUAAUAAAAUGCUAUUUUUCAUGAAAUUGACUCGAGCUGAUAAAGUUUCGAAGGUUUAAAUUCUCUUCCUUACCUCCAGGCACAGAUCAUCUGUGGGGAAAAGGCAGCCGGUAAACAAAAUACGUGAUAAAUUUGCUUGGAUUUGAGGGAAUUGAAGUUUUUCUGCUACUUAUCAACAGUCAGGCAACCAUAAAUGACUCAUGUCUCUGCUAGCAGUUUGAAUGAAGGCUGAAUGCAAGAUCAGCUUAGCUUAGCUCAGUUCAAAGGUGUCAAAUAGCAGCUCUUAUUACGCGUUAAAUUUUUCCAAGGAUGGCUGUCUGGCCUUACUGAAGGACAAGCUGAAAGAUGCCUUAGCAAUUAUAAUUAACCUAGAGUGAAACUUUCAAUCUGCUCCUUCUGUGCUGGCAAGGCAUCUCAAAUCUUUCUCUUUUUGCUGUCUAAAACCUGUGGACCAUAUAGUGCGCUUAGUAAUUCUCACAGUGCACUGGGAAUGUCACAUUUCUGGGACAAACCGACAACACAGUGAGCUGGAUCGGAAAAAAAUGUAGAAAUUGAAGUUGUGUGAAACAGCAAAAGAGCUAAUGAGACAGUUUGGAAGAUAAAAAAAAGAAGCUAAAAGCAACAGGACUGAGUUGGAAGUGUAAUUUACCUUUAAAAACUGCCAGAGCUUCACCGAUUCCUUAAUCUAUGCAUUUUAAUAUUCAUGUGGAUACAAAAACGAUGCCCGAACAAUAAGAAUUUAUAAGUGUUCAUGAAAGCUGUAAUAAUAGUUGUUUAUUGUACCAUGCGCAUUUAAGUUUCCAGCCAUUAUGAUGACUGCUAAAAGCAAAUUUUUCCACUUUAAACCCUGGAUAAAGUGGGUUUAGAGGCACUGAUCAAGCAAAUAACUGCUACUAUGAGAGAACAAAAUGAGCCAUACAUUCAGACUGUAAGCAGAGACAUGAAGCAGAUCAGUUUGCCUGAACUGUAGUAGAAGAAAUCCUUUAAAGCAUAAGACUGGAGCUGCUCUAUGUUUUUUUUUGUACUGUCAACAAAUCCCAUCGAAAGUGUGUGGUUUAGGUUUUAGAGCCCGACUGAUACUGGAUUUUUAGGGCUGAUAUCCGCUUUUCAGAAGGAAAAAUGUUACCAUUCUUUAUACAUGUGCAAGACUGAAAAUGGAAAAUGAUGGGGCUGUUAUUCAGCUGUGAACACACUCUGCUACAUGUGCUGCAGACGGCGAGCCGGAGCCGAGGGGCAUCCUGGGAAGCAAAUUUGGCUGUCUUUGUGUUAACUGGCUAAAAAUCCUGAGCAGAAGUAAUGGGAAUCACGGCGGGGGUUAUCAGCUUUCUUUACAAAAACAGCUUUUAUCAGAUUCUGUGCACAACAGGGCAUUUGAUGCAUCAAUUCUGCACUAAAAGCAUCAACUGUGUGGCACCUCCCUCAGUCAAGAUGAACAGGUUGUUAUAACUGACAGCUAUAAAGAAUAGAUAAAAUUUGUAGCAGUUAAAAAAACACUGUUAUAAAAUAUGCAAGAGGAGGAACACUGGUAGGAAAUAGCUAAUCGUGUAAGCUACUCUAUUAAUUUUGCCACUCAGUGCACUAUUAAUGCAGCUGCUUAUUUUUAACAAGACAGCUGCACAUUAGAGCUCUUAACUUUAAAACUCCAUAUAUUUAAACAUUAAACUCAAUACGUGCAUUUGGGUCUGACACUGUCCAAUAAUGAAGCAUACAUGUAAAUCAUUUUAGAUUUGGACCAACUGAUAAAAAUACUAUAUUAUUCAUUUUCUGCAUCGCCAACUGAAUGCAGCCGGUUUCCGUGGCGAUGCAAUGCCUACAGUUUGCACUGCUGUAACUGUACGGCUUUGUUCAGAGGCUUUACUGACAAACAGCUCAACAGCUUUGCAGGUAAUGUAUUCCUUCAGCUGAGGAUCUGUAUCACUUAAACAGAAUAUCCUGAGCGGAAGAACCGGUGAAAGGUCAGAGCUUCUUACGGCUUAUUUAAAUCCCAAACUCUGCAGCAUCUGUUACCAUGGUGAUCUAGCCAAGCUAAGAGAGAGCCACCAUCGUGACGCUGAAAAAAUUGGGCUUUAAGCUCAUCAUACCUCUCUAACCCACUAAUCCCAUUACGUAGCACACCCCUCUGCUCUGCCAGAGAUCAGUGGCACCAUUUCUAAAUUACACCAAGCUAUUUUUUCUGCAUUAUGUUCGGGAAAGAAACAAGUUUCACACAUCAGCAAAUGUUGGACAACACAGGCUCCAAUACCAGGGGAGGAUUUAUGGUUCCUUCUACUGUAGCAAAGCGCUUUCUCAAAGGGAAUCCAGAUUGUCGGGUUCUCUUUAAAAAUUGUAAGGUCUUCACCUCACUGUAUGAAUAACUGCGAGAUAACAUAUGGGUCACUAUAUGACUGAGGGACGUUUGAAAUCUUACAUUUUUAUUAAAAGUAAAGAAAAAAUGCUUUUAUGUUCAUUAUGAUCAUGUCUUUACAAAUUCCAGAAUUAUUUAUUAUUGAAACAAUCAUUUAAUAACAAAAACCUGACUGUAUAUCACUAAAAUGUCAACUAAUAACAUCCAAAUGUAAUAACAACCACCUUCUAAUUAGCUAAACAAUAAUAAAAUGAGCUUAUUCAAAAAUAGUUUUGAUUGUGUUCUUUUUAUUAAGUUGAAAUAAUCAUGACAGAUAUUUCUUUGUUGGCAAUAUAUCAAAUUUUAUACGGAAAAUAAAAAAUUGUAUUAUUUUCAACUAAGUUCCCGGUUACAAAAAUACCUCUCAGGGAAAUGUGCUAAUUCCAGAUCACAUGACCUGCUCAUUUUGUUUCUUUUUUGGUCAUUUUCAUUCCAUUUUGUGGGGAUUUUAGAUCUUUUUCUGGUCAUUUUCAGUCUGUUUGUGUUAAUUUUAGGUGUUUUUGUGAUCAUUUUACAAUUUUUGUAGUCAUUUUGUGUGUCUUUGUUUCUUUUUUGGUCGUUUUCAGACUGUUGUCAUCUUUUUUCUUUUUUUUUUUAGAAAAGACUGGCAAGACUCCAAGGCUUUUUAAAAAAAAAAUUCAACUGUACUCAGUUGUAUUUAUAAUAUUUAGAAGAAUCUUUGUGUAAAAAUGCCAUGUGGCGUUUGGUUAUAGGCGGCCAUGUUGAAUUUAGACCUGAAAACAGCAAAAAAAAAUGUCAGCUAUGAUACAAAAAGUCCCACAAUUAUACAUUGACCCAUAUGUUAUGAAGUGGUGUUAUAUUAAUUAAACUGAAUCUGUCGGCUCAAACCAGCCGAUAAUGUCACCUGACCAGAAAAUUAGUCGGGCUCUGUGAAUUUUACGCAUUUAAAAAAGCAAAUCAUUUCCUAAAUCAGCUGGACACUGUACUGUUUAGUAAAUAUUUUUGCUUUUUACUGUGGUGAAUUAACACACAUUUGAUGCUCUUGUCCCUGUUGGUUUAAAUGCAGAAAUCGGACACCGAGUAAGGCAAUGUGAGGUUCAUUGAUGUGUAUUUUAUGACAUAGAAGAAAAGAAAUCUCAGGCUUUGGCUACACAGGCUGUGCUUUCAGUAGGAUGCAUUUGUUGUUGUGUUUUCAUGGGAUCUGAUGACAAUAAGAUAAAUAUAAUACUCUUUUAGGACACAGUAUGUUUACGACAUUCCUGACCAACACUGUCCGUCUCUGGUGGCAACACAGAUGCAUUUUUCUCACUGUGAACCGAGUGUAGAGACAGUUGUACACAAUCUUUAUACCUUCUCUACACUCCUCUUCAUCUGCUCUCUUCUCUCUGUUCUCCUCUUUAAAGUUUCGUCUCCUGGCAGGCAGAAAGCAAACUUCCUGCCAGACGGGGGUUUUUGCAAAAGGAUGUUCUCCUCCGAGCACAUACUGACACCCAAAACACUCACAUCUGUACAGAGCAGUUCUCAUCCUGAAAAUAAAUACUGUUUUUUUUUCCUUUUCUACCACCUUCUGGUCUGCUCUGCUACCUCAUCUUUCUGUGUUGACAGUGGCUGGCCCGACACCCGAAAAAGAAGAGAAAAAUGACAGCGAGGAGGGGGGGAAAGAGGAGGAGAGAAAGUGCUGACGCGCCGUACGAGCUGGACAGGGCCUUAAUUGAUCACUGUUCAGGAAGGAGAGGAGGGGAGGAAGGAGGGGAUGGGAUGGGAGGACGAGGAGGGGAGGGCUAAUGGACGAAAGAGGGGGCAUACUGGGUAAUUCAUCGGAUUUAUGAGGGGACAGUGGCAGGGGGGAGGUGGGCGCUCAGACAAGUAUAACUCUGUCCGGGACAUCAAACGAAAGGCCACUGCACUAUAUCACAGCGCAGGGGGAAUAUAUAUACGGCAGAAAUAAACAGAAAUUAGAGACAUAUUUCCAUGCGACUAUGAUCCGAGUGCGCGUGGCCUUCACUGUGUCACUCAGUCAGUGUGUCAGGCUGAGUAAAGAGCCAGUCGGGUGUAUUUAUAGUAGUGUGCUGGUCCUUAUUCAGCCCCGGCGAGGCUCCCUGCCUGAUGAGCUAACUCGGGGGGUCGAGAAAAUGUGCAGCGCUUGCAAUCUGGCAGCGCUUAGAUUUACUGUGUUCACUCAGAUGGAAUAAAAGAAGAGAGAGCGA